CAACUCACUGAAACUUCUUCCCAUUUCUAAAACAAACACAUUCAUCAUGAGUAUGUCAGAUAGCUCAUCGUCGGGAGGAGAAGAAGAAAUCGAAGAGUACGAGAGGUUUCACCACCUACGGUUGAGUUUAAUCGGCCGGAGGCUGGCUGAAGGUUCAUCAAGUCGACGUCAAACUACAAGUCGACGUCACAUUGAUCGUGAAAGGGUCGAAUGUAAUCGCCGUCUUAUGAGGGAUUACUUUGAUCCAAAUCCAGUAUACAAUGCUCGCAUAUUUAGAAGGCGCUAUCGGAUGCAACCAAGAUUAUUCCAUCGCAUUAUGGGCGACAUUGUGAGGUUUGACCCUUCAUUUUCUCUAAGGCGUGAUAGCUUGGGUCAAUUAUCAUUAUCUCCAGAGCAGAAGCUUACUGGUGCGAUGCGCAUGCUAGCAUAUGGUUCUCCAGCUGAUCAACUUGACGAGUAUGUUCGUAUGGGUGAGAGCACUUUGAUGGAGGUCUUCAGAAAGUUCUGCAACAACAUUAUCAACAUGUAUGGGGCCACAUAUCUUCGCGCUAAGGAUCAUACUCAGUAAAGCCUCAAGACGUGGCUUUCCUGGAAUGAUUGGAUCAAUUGACUGUAUGCAUUGGGAAUGGAGGAAUUGUCCAAGUGGCUAGGCAGGACAAUACAUUGGCCACAUGCAUAGGCCAACAAUCAUUCUAGAGGCGGUGGCCUCUUACAACACAUGGAUAUGGCAUGCUUUCUUUGGGUCUCCUGGAUUGAACAACGAUAUAAAUGUUCUGGGGAUGU